GAAGAACAACAAUGUUUUUAAAACUAAACGUUUGGAAAUUUAUACAUUGAAGUGCCACCAUGAAUUAGAGGACAGGUUCAUGAUAGCACUUCAAUGUAUAAACUUUCAAACGUUUAGUUUUAAAAACAUUGUUGUUCUUCUGUGCAGUCCUAUCUAUUGUGAACUCUCUGGCAAUGAUUGUUUUGCCUGCAUGUAGCCGUUGCUUCUAACGGAUACCUCCACAUACCUUUUGUUUGCUGCUUUUCAUGAUUUUCAGUUGAGUUUCUUUUUACCCUUUUUGUUGUCAUGUUCUCUUCUAUCAAUAUUUUCACAUUGUACAAAUGAGGCUCUGAGGUUAGUUCUUGGUUAUAAGUUGAGAAAAAUUCAUAGAUAGCGAUAGUUUUGUCCCUAAUUAGGAAACAAUAGCGAUAGUUUGUGUCUGCACGCAAGUGAAAUACACUGUAUCUGCGCACUUACUAUAUCUCUGCCUAACUGAAAAUCAUGCGGAUUCAAGAUCAACUAAAUACACUUUAGUACUCUUUAUAGUCAUCCCAAAAAUGUCACACAUACAACAAUACACUUUACAUUCACACAACAUACACUUGUAUGUCACUAUAUUUUAGUGUAUCACUUUCAUAUUCGUUGUGCAACUGCUUGAUUGUCUUCUAUUUUAGUGGAUAUCCUUUGAAGAAGGCAGAAGCAUAUGCUUCAUUAAGAAAGUAAGUUCCAUCCAUCCUUUGCACUAUGUAGUUUCAAUGUCAGGCAUGCUCGCUUUCUCUUCUGCGGCAUUCUCUUUCCUCUGAAUAUCUACUUUGACAUGCAUAAAUGAUCUUUUGAUUGACAUCGCCAAAGUAAUUGCUAGCACUAGAGAUUGUAAGAGUCCUGAAAAUUUUAUUUGCUUAUGCAAGAUUUUGGUAAAUUUUAGGAUUUCGUUAGCAUGCUUGCAACGAUGCUAUAAUCCAGCCAAUGUCUAUAAACUUAUAAAAUCACAAGAUUGUCUGUCUGAACAUGUAUUAACAGCAAGCUUAAAGUUUUUGAUGUCACUGAUCGUCAAUCUCUUUCUUUUUCUUUUUUUUUAAUCUUUUGGCUUCUCAAAUUUGAUAGCAACAUAUAAAAUGCGUUAGGGUAAACUCUAUUGUUUGUGAUUUAUUCUUUUGGCAAGUGAUAAAUAAUUGGCUGGCAGAUCUGAAGCAUUUGUUAGGAGUUCAAGGAUAUUAAACAAUGCAGGAUAGACUUAAACGAAAUUAGAAAAAUGGAAGUAACGGUCGUUUUGCUUUAACUGUGUUUUUUCUUUUAGUCUUCCUCAAUAUCUCCUUCAAAUCUGGAUCUUCCAGAAAUUACUAUAUUGAUCUGUUUGGCAAUCUUUUCUUCUCAGAUGAAGUUUCGGAUUUCGUAAUAAUGCCCACUGUCUGAUCAUAUUACUUUUGUCUAGACAGGGUCCCAAGACCAAGAAGAUCUAAUGCUGUUGAGUGGUGAAGCUCCAAGGAUAAAGAUCUCUAUCUGAUUCCCCCUGUAAAUGUUGGAAAGAAAUAUCCAACACAAUUAUAUAAACCUUUGCCAUCGUGGACAACUUAUGAUGCUAUAUUAUCUCCCGUCUUAGGCCUUUCCUUGUGAAUGAAUUGGAGCCACAGUACCUUCUUCAUGAUUGGAGGAAAGUAUAUGGGUGUCUUGUGAUGUUUGUAAUCCCUGUGCCAAGUUAUGGUUGCCUUCACAGAGAAGUACCUUGCUGGCAUUUGGAUUAUUUUGUUGAAGAAUAUGACUUUGUUGAAGUCAUGGGAACUGCUUUUGGAAACCUUUUGCAGAAAAGCCUACUGUUAUGGUACUAGUACUAGUAAUCGACAGGCGAAAUUCCGGCUAUCUGGUUGGAACAUUCUUGAUUUUCCGACUAUUCGAUUUCAUGACCUUGUACCUGGUUCUUGUUCCUCAGUUUCUGCAUCAGUAAUGGAGAAACUAGGCUCAUUCUUCACAUCCAUUUUGCUGCUUCGUGAACCAAUUCGGGAGUUUUUGCAGGAAGUUUCGAGUACAUAUAGAAGGACAGUGGUUAUUAAUGACACAGGCAUGUCAUGGGUAGUUCAAGAUGCAGUGUCAAUACCCAAUACAGAAUGCUACUGCUUCCACACUAUUUCUGCGUUCACUGCUCUGUCAUUCGCCUGUGAAGCUACAAAAAAGCCACUUCCGUCUCCCGUGGCUGAGAUAAUUGCAGAGCUUCCUCCAAAGGAAAACACAUUUGAUUCCGAAACUAUAGAAUACAUAAUGAUGCAGCACGAGUCGAGAGAUUUUUACUCAGUUGGUCUACACAAUUCUUGCAAAGAGAUUGAAGGUGUUUUUAUUGAAUUGCUGGAAGAACAACGCGAAAACAAGCAAUGGGCAAUUGGUCCAGUAUAUCCAGUGGAAAUUUCAAAGAGAAAAAGCUCUGAACUAACUCAUGAAUGUUUUUCAUGGCUUGAUAAACAAGAUCUAAAUUCAGUGAUUUAUGUUUCAUUUGGAUCGACAACUACGUUAUCGAAAGAACAAAUUAACGAGCUGGCAUUUGGAUUAGAACAAAGUGAGCAAAAAUUCAUCUGGGUUCUUCGAGGAGCUGACAAAAAAGGUGGGGAUAAUAUCGAAAAUGUCGAAAGAGGAAGUAAUUCUGAUUUGCCAGACGGGUUUGAAGAGAGAAUCAAAGAAAAGGGGGUUGGGUUUAUAGAGAAAAAUUGGGCACCCCAAUUGGAAAUCUUGGCACAUGGGUCAAUCGGGGGAUUCAUGAGUCAUUGUGGAUGGAAUUCAUGUAUCGAGAGCAUUUCAAUGGGAGUUCCAAUGGCAGCUUGGCCGAUCCAUUCAGAUCAGCCGAGGAACACUGUGCUGAUAACAAAAGUACUGAAGAUCGGGAUUAUUGUGAGAGAUUGGGAAAAUCGAUAUGAAUUGGUAAGUGCUGCGAAAAUUAAAAAUGCGGUGAGAUUUUUGAUGGAUUCUGCCGAAGGAGAGGAGCUGCGGCGGAGAGUGACAGAGUUGAGCAGUUCUGUGAAGAAGUCAGUGAUGAAUGGCGCCAGUCGCAAGGAGAUGGACUCCUUUGUUGCUCAUAUUACCAGAUAAGUUCGCAUUUCUCAGGUUAGGUUGAUAAUAAUAAAUCUAUCGUUUUAAACAUAUGUUUUGUUAUUAAACGUUUGAGUAAUGAUCUGUUAUAAUCGAUUAAACUGUUUCGAUGUUAUAAAAAUAUGUUGUCUGUUUAUAAUAUAAA